AUGUUAUCUGUGUUCGCUGUGAUCGGUCGGUGCGGGUUCGCCCAANUCGCCCAAACUUGCGGUGUGGUAGCUCAGCUAUUUGACGAGUCUGCCGGAAGCUACGAAAAGGCAUUAUCCAUGCUAAGUCAAUCCACAGUACCUGAUCCCAGUCUGGUCCAAAUAGUUAACUAUGAAGAACAUCGCCUUGCUUGGCUUGUCUAUAUGGCCGGUGCUCUGAUCGGCAGUCGUGUGAACUACACCAGUUCCGAUGAUGAUUACGACGGCGAAUUGGUUUGUCGCGUGCUACAACUGAUGCGAUUGACCGCCAAUCGUCUCACCAUGUCCGCUUCCUCGCAAAACCGCCCCAGCGUUCUGGCCACCUCGGCCGGAGCCAGUCGUCUUGAGAUGGCCUCACUCAGUUUUUUCGAACAGUUUCGACGAAUCUAUGCAAGCGAAUCUGUUGGUCGCAUGUCUCGAGUCUAUCUCCGUCUAUCGGAAGUUCUGGGUUUCUCCGACGAUUUGCCUGUCCUGAGUGCGUUCGUGGAAAAGAUUCUAACCAAUCUAAAAUAUUGGACUUGUCAUGAACCCAUUUUGCGUCGCACGUUAGAUUUACUGUCAGAAUUGUCCCGGGGUUAUAGUGCAAUGCGGAAACUGUUGCGAUUGGACGGGAUCCAGUUCAUUUUGGCCAAUCACACAGAGGACAACUUUGCUUUCCUGGCUCCGAUCUCGGAUAUGCCGACUAUGUCCGCCUGUGCCCAGGCAGCCCGCUACCGAUUGCGUACCACAUUCUAUGCAUCCCUGGCUCGUCUGUUGAUGGUCGAUUUGGGCGAAGAUGAGGCGCGUUUUCUCAGUUUCAUGGCUCCCCUUACUCGCGUUGCAAACAGGCUGAUAAUGACCAUAUUGUCCGGAUCUUCGGCCAUGACAGCCGAACAGGUGAAAAACGCUGUCGUCGGAUUGGCUCGAGAUUUGCGCGGUCUAUCAUCCAGUUUGAACACCAAGGCUGCCUACCAGUUGCUUCUGGAAUGGUUCUAUCCGACCGGGUUCAAACUUUUCGGUCGAGCACUUGAACUAUGGCCUCUGGAUCCGUUGGUCAGUGUCUCGGUGCUCAAGCUUUUGGCUGAAGUUGUGCACAAUCGGAAUGGUCGAUUACUUUUCGAUUGUACCGUUCCAACUGGCUAUUUGCUGUUCACGGAACUUAGCUCGGCAUUGAAUAACUUUGGUGUGCAAAUCAUUCCUCAUACUCGAGAUGUGCCGAAACAUUCUGUUUACUCGGUCAAACUAAAACCAAUUAUGGCCGCGUUACGGGCUUUGAAAAUGUGUAUCAGUGGGAAUUUUAUCAAUUUUGGCGUGUUCAGCCUGUUCCAAGACGACUCGCUGGAAAAAGCCAUGCAAAUGGGCGUGCAACUUAUGCUCUCGAUCGAUCAAACGGACCUUCAGGAGUAUCCAAAAGUCGCGCUGGCCUAUUUCGAGCUACUCGAGUACAUGGUAAAUGAUCACAUGACUUUCGUGGCCUCGUUGGGUGAACCUGUGCUGUUGCAUUUUCUCAACACAAUUGCAAACAAUAUAUCCUCGAUCGACACAGCCAUAUCAGACAACUGUUGUCUUUGUCUGGAUUACAUACUCACACAUCUCUUCAAAUUGGUACAACAGCAGCAGCAACACCGGUCGGGUUUGAUGAAUGGGUCGAUGCACACCGGGCCCGAUUCCGAGUUGCAUCUAAUAUCACUCGAUCCCACCACAUUGUCCAUGAAUAACAGUGCAACCGGUCAAGGAUCAUCCGGACUGACUCCGGGUCAGAAGCAUCAAGGUGCAUCACGAUUUGCGGUUUGGUCGACCCGAGCUCCGGUCGCGGAGACGCAGAUGCUCGACCUGCUCAAACCAAACAGUGCCAGUUUGCUUCUCUUACGACGAAUGCUUGUGGUACUGUUGUGCUCGAUCUAUUACAUGGAGCUUCGAAGUCGAGUGAUUGCAAGUAUGCCAGCGGAUCGACAAGAGACAAUAACCAAGCUUUUUGAUAAACUCAUGGACGAAGUGGAAUUCAGUCUUGUGGGUAAAGCUCGGGACAAAUUCACCCAAAAUGUGUCCAGCUUUAAGCACGCGCUCAGUGAAUUCAUGAAGGCCAGCGGUGGCGGCAAUGUCAAUCGUACUGGUGACUCACAGGGGUCCAGUUCCGUAAUGCAAGACCAGACCAACCCCACUGCCACUAACAGCACCACAACAUCUUCCGUUGGACCGUUAGAACCGGGUGCCGGAGAGUACAUUUGUCUAAGCGCGACUAUUGCUCAGGCAGCCGGUCUGGGUCAUGUGCUCUAA